UUGCCCGCCCCCAGCGGACGGAUCUCCUUAGUGCUGGGCGGGCAAGCGCGCGGGCAGGUCGGGGAGGAUGCGGCCGAGGCGGAGGCGCGCUCGGGAGGUUUGAAGCGGCGGUUGGCUGCCACGGGCCGGGGAGAUGAGCUGGGGGGCCGCCCCCGGCUCGGGGCUGUGAGGGGCUCGGGGCCGGGGGUGGGGGUCGAAGUCGAGGAGGAGGAGGAGGCGGCGGCGGCGCUGCCUUCUUCCUCCGCGCCCCCUUCCUCCUCCUCCUCCUCCUCCUCCUCCUCCUCCUCGGCGCCCCCGGGCUCAGACAUGAGCGGGGCCGAGUGGCCCGAGCUGCCGCAGCCAGGCCGAGGCCGGGGCCGGGGCCGCCUCCCGCUCCCCGGGCCGGGCCUCGGCCUGCGGGCCCCGGGGUUGCCCCCGCCGCCGCCGCUGCUGCUCCUGCCGCCGCUGCCGCUGCUGCUGCUGCUUCUGCUGCCCGAGCCGGGGGCCGGGGUCCCCGCGGCCGCGGCCGCCGAGCGGUUCCCGCUCCCGCUGCCCCCGGCCGUGGGGCCCAGCGUGAGCCUCUACUUAAGCGAGGAGGAGGUGCACAAACUGCUUGGUAUUGAUGCAGAACUUUAUUAUGUGAGAAAUGAUCUUAUUAAUCACUACGCACUAUCCUUUAACCUGCUAGUACCCAGUGACACCAAUUACCUUCACUUCACGUGGUAUGCUAAAUCCAAGGUUGAAUAUAAACUGGGAUUCCAGAUAGACAAUCCUGUGGCUAUGGACAUGCCCCAGGUCAACAUUUCUAUUCAAGGGGAAGUCCCACGCACUUUAUCAGUAUUUCGCGUUGAACUUUCCUGCACUGGAAAAGUAGAUUCUGAGAUAAUGGUACUAAUGCAACUGAACCUGACAAUAAAUUCUUCAAAAAAUUUUACAGUCUUAAAUUUCAAACGAAGGAAAAUGUGCUAUAAAAAGCUUGAAGAAAUCAAAGCUCCAACUUCUGACAAAAAUGGCAACAGAACUAUUUAUGAUCCUGUAAAUGCAGCUCCUACCACUUCUACUCGUGUGUUUUAUAUCAGUGUAGGGGUUUGCUGUGCAGUAAUAUUUCUGGUAGCAAUAAUAUUAGCUGUUUUGCACCUCCAUAGUAUGAAAAGAAUUGAGCUGGAUGACAGCAUCAGUGACAGCAGUAGUUCACAAGGUUUAUCCCAGCCAUCUACGCAGACAACUCAGUACCUGAGAGCUGAUACUCCUAACAAUGCAACACCUGUUACCAGUUAUCCUACAUUACGGAUAGAGAAGAAUGACCUAAAAAGUGUCACUCUUAUGGAGGCCAAAGCAAAGGUCAAAGAUAUAGCAAUUUCCAGGGAGAGAAUAACACUAAAAGAUGUUCUCCAAGAAGGAACCUUUGGGCGUAUUUUCCAUGGAAUUUUAAUAGACGAUAAAGAUCCCAACAAAGAAAAACAAGCAUUCGUGAAAACUGUUAAAGACCAAGCUUCUGAAAUUCAAGUGACAAUGAUGCUCACUGAAAGCUGUAAGCUCCGAGGUCUUCACCACAGAAAUCUGCUUCCUAUCACUCAUGUUUGUAUAGAAGAAGGAGAAAAACCCAUGGUGUUAUUGCCAUAUAUGAACUGGGGAAACCUUAAAUUGUUCUUACGACAGUGCAAAUUAGUAGAGGCCAACAAUCCUCAGGCAAUUUCCCAGCAAGACUUAGUACAUAUGGCUAUUCAGAUUGCCUGUGGAAUGAGCUAUUUGGCAAGAAGAGAGGUCAUUCACAAAGAUCUGGCUGCUAGAAACUGUGUCAUUGAUGAUACACUUCAGGUAAAGAUCACUGACAAUGCCUUAUCUAGAGACUUAUUCCCCAUGGAUUAUCACUGUCUAGGGGACAAUGAAAAUAGACCAGUUCGAUGGAUGGCCCUUGAAAGUCUGGUUAAUAAUGAGUUCUCCAGUGCUAGUGAUGUGUGGGCAUUUGGAGUAACACUAUGGGAACUAAUGACUCUGGGCCAGACCCCUUAUGUGGAUAUUGACCCAUUUGAGAUGGCUGCUUAUCUAAAAGAUGGCUACCGAAUAGCUCAACCAAUCAACUGCCCUGAUGAAUUAUUUGCUGUGAUGGCCUGUUGCUGGGCACUAGACCCUGAGGAAAGACCCAAAUUCCAGCAACUUGUGCAGUGUCUCACUGAAUUUCAUGCAGCUCUUGGAGCCUAUGUUUGAAUCCUCUGGCAUAAAUUCCACAAUGGAGCACCAAUGAUUCACUUUGGACUCAGUUAUAAACACUACGUGUAUAAGCAACGCCAAUGGAAGAAGAUACUUCUUCUAAAACACUGUGCCUUAGAAUGCUUUAGUAGCGUGAAGGUUUUUUAAACAGACAUCUUGAUAAUGUUGAGUAUUUUCUAGAUAUCACUUUUUACUAAGUUGAACUGAGAGAAUUUUUCCAAAAAUUUUUUAUAAAAAUAGAACUGCAAUGGACUUGAGGUGUAGGAUGGAUGGAUGAACAUUCUUUAAAAAAGAAAAAAAAACACCUAAAACCCAUGUUUUUAAAAAAAUUUAAACUCAAAUGUUUGGAAUAGCUAUUUUCAUAUUAAUUGUUUUUAUUUUGGCUUCAUCAAAAUAAUAGUAAAUGAUUCAAUAUGAUUUUUAAAUUGUAUUUCCAUCAAUAAUUUUGACAACACUUCUUCAAGAUGAAAUAUUUCUGUUCAGAAAAAAAGGAGUAAUUUAAAAGUAAUGCUUUCUUGUUUACCUUGCUUAUACAUGAUAAAGUAAAAUUGAAGAUAGGUAAACAGAAAAAGUUUGAACUGAAUUUCUUUAAAAUAUUUUAAUGCCUUCAGAGAGGCACAGGAGAAGCCCUUGCAUGGAAAAUUUUCAUCCUGAAUUUCUGUGUGGCAAAUCUUUCUAUUGAAAGGUGUCUUUCCUUUUUUUUUUUUAAAUUUCAAUUUUUUUUUCCAGAGGCAGGAGCUAAGGUAAUUAUUGCUUGAAAUGGGCUUAAAUCAGCUUUGUAGAUGGCCAUGUGCCUGGGACCAGUAAUUAUUUCUGUCAGGCCAGUAGUAAACAACGAUUUUAUUUAUUUUGCUGUCUGGAUACUACAGAUAGUAAGGUCCUUAAAAGCACAAUCACAUCUCCACAUUUGGUAAACUCUCCUAGGAAUGGCACCUGGUAUAGUGCUGUGCACAGAGUUGGUGCUCAGAGAAUUGUGGGCAACAUUGUAGGCUGGUAAAUUUCAUGUUCAUCUUCAAGGCUGGGUUAAGUAUAUAAUUUUGUUUCUCAAAACACUUGAAAAAUUAAAGAAUUGUUUUAUAGUCUAAUAUUAUUGAAACUCUAAACAUGGUAAAUGUGGUGUGCAUUUCCCCAUCUUUUAUUACUGUUUGACCCCCAAUUUUAGAGGUAUUUGGACAUGAAAAAGCUAGAAGAAUACUUUACUGUGGUUACUCCUUCCACCAAUGCAGAUUUCAACCCUUCCAUAAAUUAGUAGAUAAUUUCAAAAGUUGCUGUGACCAAAGUUUAGAAAUACAUUUGUUUUAUUCUAUAUGAAUGUUAAAUCUAGAACACAAAGCCUCAAUAAAUCUUUCAACACUACUAAAUCA